CCUCUUCCUUCUCCUCCCCCUGGGGGUAAAGGACAGGCAGUUUGGGUCUGGACGUUGGUGCUUGCGGUCUCCAGCCAUGGCAGGGCCUGAAUGGCAGUCGCUGGAGCAGUGCUUGGAGAAGCACCUGCCUCCUGCAGACUUGCGGGAGGUGAAACGCAUUCUCUACGGCAAGGAGACCAGGAAGCUUGACCUGCCCAGCAGGGCUUUUGAAGUCGCCUCUGAAGCAGACUUUGAGCUGCAGGGAUAUGCCUUCGAGGCAGCAGAGGAGCAGCUGAGGGGACCUCGGACAGUGCGCGUGGGGCUUGUUCAGAACAGAAUCCCCUUGCCUGCCAGUGCCCCUGUGGCCGAUCAGGUCUCUGCCCUUCACAGACGCAUAGAGGUCAUCAUAGAGGUGGCUGCAAUGUGUGGAGUCAAUAUCGUCUGUUUCCAGGAAGCGUGGACUAUGCCCUUUGCUUUCUGUACGAGAGAGAAGCUCCCUUGGACGGAAUUUGCCGAGUCAGCAGAGGACGGGCCCACCACCAGAUUCUGUCAGAAGCUGGCAAAGAAGCAUGACAUGGUGAUAGUAUCCCCCAUCCUGGAACGAGACGGAGCACAUGGGGACGUUCUGUGGAACACGGCUGUAGUGAUCUCCAAUUCUGGAGCAGUCCUGGGCAAGACCAGGAAAAACCACAUCCCCAGAGUGGGCGACUUCAAUGAGUCCACUUACUACAUGGAGGGAAACCUGGGCCACCCCGUGUUCCAGACACAGUUCGGAAGGAUCGCGGUGAACAUUUGCUAUGGGCGGCACCACCCCCUCAACUGGCUGAUGUACAGUGUCAACGGGGCGCAGAUCAUCUUCAACCCCUCGGCCACCAUCGGAGCACUCAGUGAGUCCAUGUGGCCGAUCGAGGCCAGGAACGCAGCCAUUGCCAAUCACUGCUUCACCUGUGCCAUCAACCGCGUGGGCAAGGAGUACUUCCCGAAUGAGUUUACCUCUGGAGAUGGGAAGAAAGCUCACCAGGACUUUGGCUACUUUUACGGCUCAAGCUACGUGGCAGCCCCUGACAGCAGCCGCACUCCUGGGCUCUCCCGCAACAGGGACGGGUUGCUGGUCGCUGAGCUCAACCUCAACCUCUGCCGGCAGGUGAAUGAUGUCUGGAACUUCAAGAUGACAGGCAGAUAUGAUAUGUACGCACGGGAGCUCGCUGAAGCUACCAAACCCAACUACAGCCCCAAUAUCGUGAAAGAGUAGCUGACCUUCAGCGCCUGCCCAUCAUGCAAGGCAGCUCCGCCCACAGCAGAUGAACAGGCCUUCAUUUCCAAGCUCUCCUGGAUGAUGCCCGGAUAAUGUUGCUGUCUAGAUUGACUUUUAAAUGUUCAGAUGGAGAGGAUGGAGUGAGAAGUGACUGCUUAUUGGGUAUGAGGUUUCCUUCUGAGGUGAUGAAAAUGUUUUGGGAAGAAAUAGAGGUGAUGGUUACAAAAAUUGUGAAUGUACUAAAUGCCACUGGAUUGUAUACUUUAAAAUGGUUAAUUUUAUGUUAUGUGUAUUUUACCUCUAUUUUUUAAAAAUCCCAGGCAAUGAUUGUGCAGGUUGAUUUGAAUUUAGACAGACAAAAUGUACCAGUCUGAGGUCCCUCCCUUCUUUGUUUAGACUGUCAGCAACUUAAUGGUAAGCGUGGGAGUGUGCACACUAGUGCAAGAAGGUGAGGCUGAUCCAGUCACUGGAUGGCUGUGGGUGAAGGGACAGUCACCGGAUGUGUCAACUUGGUUAAGCUGCAGUCUCCAGUUAUUUAAUCAGACAUAAUCUGGGUAUUGCUCUGAAGGUAUUUUGUAGAUGCAAUUCAAGUCCAUAAUCAGUUAACUAAGCAAGUGAGGUUAUCCUAGAUAAUCCUGGUAGGCCUGAUUUAGUCAGCCAGAAGGCCCUCUGAGUGGAGAGCCGAGGCUUCCCCACUGAGAAAAUUCUGCUUGUGGAUAGCAGCCUCAGCCCGUGCCUGAGAGUUCCAGUUUGCCUUCCUGGCAGCUUGCUCUACAGGUUUCAGAGUUGCCUAUCCAUCUCCCAUAAUCAUUUAAAUCAAUUCCUUGCAAUAAAUCUCUUCAUGUA